GUACCUUUGUAUUGGACAAUAAGGGCUAGGAACACUCAAGGUAUUGAGGCAACGGCUAUGUGCAUGCUCCACACGUAUGACAAUACAGUUCCAGAUGGGAGGGUAGAUGCUGCCUAUCAGUUUACAAGUCACAGAACGGUGAUCCAAGCCAACGUUGUCGUAUUCGAAGACUCUCCACUAACACCUUAUCACUCAGUUGCUGUGGGAUACAGUCCUGGGGAGUUUGGAAAAGAAAUUUUGGAUUGGCAAAUUCUGCACCUGGAAAACACAUAUAUGAGAAAAGGUGUCAUGUCCGAACUGAAAGAAUUUGCCCCAUCUAAGCCUGGAAAGUUGUCGUCUGCUCCAUUUUCUACGGCUCAUGCAGAUAAUGACAUUGAAUGUGCAAGACUGUGUUUGCAGACAGGUUCAAAAUGCAUUUCCUUUGACUAUGCAAUGCAUACUCAGUCGUGUGAUCUUCAGGAAACAGUUGUUGGAGCUAAGGCGAAACUUCGUGCUGCUGCAUCUUACUUCCAUUAUGAAAGACUUGGAGUUGGCUACAGCGCAUUUCGGGAGUUCUCUCACUCAAACCUCGAACAUGGUGCCCAGUAUUUUAUAAAUGCAAAGAUCACCAACACUCUAGGAUAUGUUGCCUACCUGCCAUCAACUGGGACUCUAGCUGACUUUACUCCUCCUGAACCUGGUCCUGUAGGAGAAGCUGUUUCAGAUGUGUUGACAGCUGAUGGAUGUAAGGCAGCUGUGACUCAAAGAUGCAUCGAUGUCACCAAGGAGCUCAAUCACAGAAAAAUCAUUGAUGGGAGUGCUGGAAGAACGGUUUUCGGAGGUAACAAACCUCUUGAAGAUACGAAAUACACGCUUGCAAACAACUAUAUCUCAGGAAACUGCGAUGGCUUCCACGACGACGAGAGUGGUAUUUGGGGCUACACGUGGGCAGCUGGGACGUCUGUGUGUGGAUCUGAUGUCGUGAAGUUCACUGAUCCUCACGCUCAGCUGCAAACCAGGCAAGACUGGACCUAUACCGGACUGGGCAAGAAUCUCCAUCUGGCUGAUGGUCAGUACUAUAUCACCUUCCAAGCUAUCAACAAUGUUGUACACGGAGGAGCUUUGGUUACAACAGUGUGUCACUCUACACCUGUGACAGUUGACACGACACAGCCCGUAGUACAUGAGGUAGGGGAUUUGUUGUUUGAUGAGGAUUUUGAUAUCUUGGGCGUCUACUUCAAUGUAUCAGACUCUGGAUCGGGUAUUGCAAGAGUGGACUUUGGUCUGGGAAAAACAAAGUAUGAUGUUUUUGUGAGAUCUUACAGCCGUCAUCCCUUUCUCAACCGAGCUGACCCAUACCUUGUGAUAGAAGAUCUUGGCUUGACUCCUGGUGUCCAGGCUUGGGUGCGAAUCAGAGCCGUAAAUUUAGUCGAUCUCUCCACUGCAAGCCAUGGUGAUGUUCCGAUACUCAUUGACUUAACACCGCCAGUCGUUGGUAAAGUACUUGAUGGGGACAAACUGCUUGAAGAUUUGAAAUACCAACAUAGUACUCAAAUGAUUUGUGCACAGUGGGUAUAUUUCUAUGAUCCAGAAUCUGGUAUUGACAGGUAUGUUAAGCCAGUUAUUUCUCAACUUUUCCUUUGUCUGUGAUGACCUGUAUGCAUGUCCUACCAAUAUUUGAAUGAAACUCCUUUACGCAUGUACAUAUUUGUACUAUUUACGUUGACGAUCUAUAUGUGCUCCACAAUUUUAAUAGUAUUUCAUUUGCCACAGUGAUUGCUAAUCUGUUAAGAGACAAUGUUGCCAUAUGCCACUACUUUCAGUUAUCUCUGGGGCGUUGGAACAACAGCUGGGGCUGAUGACAUUCUUCCAUUUACAAAUUGUACGCAUCACGUUAAAUCUGGGUGCAACGUCACAACUCUGCACCACAAUACAACAUACUAUUCAACAGUUGUCGCUUUCAAUGGGGCACUCAAUCAGAAGAAAAUUCUCGCAACAUCUGAUGGAGUGCUGGUAGACAUAACACCUCCACUGCUGGGGUAUGUCCAGGAUGGUGCUGAUAUUGCGAAUGAUGUGGAGUUCAGCUCUCAGAUAGCUACUAUUGAAAGUACCUGGGCCAACUUCACUGACCCAGAAAGCCAUGUACAAGAGUACACAAUGGUGGUAUACGUAAACGAUGAACUGAAAAAGACGUUCCAUAUUGGAUCCAUGACCAGUUACACUGACCAUACAAUGGACACUAAACACAAGGACUAUGUCCGAGUUCAAGUCACAGCAACAAAUGGUGCACGACUUGAAACACAAGCGGAAAGUAAUGGGUAUCUGGUCGACGAAACACCACCAAACAUGAUGUAUAUACAAGAUUCUCAGACAGGCAAAUACCAAAGUGAUUCUUCACACCUUGGGUUCAAGUGGCAUUUUACGGAUGAAGAGUCAGGCAUCUUAAAAUGCAGAUACACUAUAUUUGAAAAGAUUGGCGGUCAGAAGAAAAGGUUUUGGCCAAAAGAUGAGACAUUUGCUGUCAUUGAAGUUGGAAAAGCAGACAUCCAGUUGGAUUCCCUUACUCUCAGAAAUGGGGCCCUAUAUACAACAUCGGUCACAGCUCUCAACAACGCCCUUCUUGCAACGUCAGUAGAAUCAAGUGGAGUUGUUAUUGACACUACGUCACCUACUGUAAAGAAAGUACUCAUAGGUCUUCCUGGGGAAGAGGAGGAGCUUGAUGACUUCGGAAAUGUAAUCCACAUGGAGGAUCAACCGAUGCAUGUGUCUUGGACAGCUCGUGAUCCUGAGAGUGGUAUAGCUGAAAGUCUGCUUUGUGUGAAAAACAAUGCCAUACAGUGCACUCGAAGUGAGCAGUUUACCAACUAUGGAAGCACAUCAUCUGUAAUAUUAGAAGCUCGCAAUUUUAUAUCAGAUGACAAGACCCAGUACGUUGUCGUUAUCAGAGUUACAAAUGGAGCAGGUUUGACAGCAGAAGCUUCAUCAAAGUCAAUACAUGUAGAGAAGGGAAACUCCCCUGGAACAGUCUAUGAUGGUCGAAGUAUCAGUGAAGAUGCAGAUUUCCAGCAGGAUCUCUCCGGUCUCUCCAUGUCGUUCGAUGGCUUCGGUAGUGAUACGUGUGGAAUAGCCGGCUACGACUGGGCGAUAGGAACACAUCCAUAUCUGAGUGACAUAAUGCAUUACACAAACUAUGGACUUACGAUGGUCAGCGACAGUUCAGGAUAUGCUGAAAUAACAAAUACAAACUUCAACAAUGUGAAGUACUAUGUUACAGUCCGGGCUAUAACUGGUGUGGAAUGUCCAGACUCGUACAUCGUAUCAUCAUCAAAUGGUGUAAUGGUUGACCAUGAAGUUCCUGUUAUAAAUCAACAGUACAGAGGUCAAAUGAUGACUUACUCACUUUUGUUUUUAAACCAAACAACAACUCUACCAAUAUCAUGGUCUGUAGAGGAUGCAAAUAUUAUGCCUGUGAUAUCCUGGUCCAUAGGGAGCCUCCCAGUCUCUGGUGAAAAACACACUGUUGAUAUUUCAAAGUCGGGUCUUGAUCCAUUGGACAUAAGUCUUUCAGCAAACAACACAUAUUUCGUGACAACAUAUGGCUCGGAUAUGGCUGGCAACGCGGCGUUAAUGAGUUCACCGCCAAUCACAGUUGAUAACACUCCUGUCUCUAUUAUUGACUAUGAGUGUACACCCUUUGUAUCAAUGAUGUCAACAAUUGUCACUUGUUCUUGGAGGUUUUUCGAAGAAGCAGAAAGUACCAUCACUAACGUAUCAAUCACAGCACGUACAGAACAAGACAGCUCACAUAUAUUAGUGGCAACCAGGCUAUUGGCAACUGAGAGACACUGGAGCUUUGACACAAAUGGAGUUUUUCAAGAUGCAGUUUCAUUCCUGUAUAUAACUCUGGAAAUUGAAAAUGGUGCACAUCUUCGUAACAAAUUCUUCAAAGAAAUCAUCUUUGAUCAGACACCUCCAACCAUAGGGGAAGUGUCAGUAGUUACAUCAUCUAAUCCAUCAUCAAAACAGGAAGUAGUCUGCCAGCAACAAACAACGUUCAUAUCUGUAUUUUUGAAUGGAUUCGAAGAUCCCGAAUCACAGAUAGACAGGUAUGAAGCAGGACUGGGAAGUGAGCGAGGACUGACAGAUGUUCUUCCAUUCACAAAAGUCAGUUUGUCCAAAGGACUGUUUGUAGUUUCAAACCUACACUUGGAAUCUGGAACCCUCAUCUUUGUCAGUGUCCGCAUUUUCAACAAAGCCGGUCUGUUCAUAGUGAAAGAAAGUUGUCCAGUUGCUAUCAGCCCACAACCCUACCUAGUUGUUUUAGAUGGACUAGGACAUGAUGAUAUUAACAGUCAACAUGACUUAACGACCAUUCAGGGAAGGUGGGGCUACUCUGAUCCCUGUCUAGUAGUAUCAGCAGAGUGGGGAGUAGAAGACAUCACAGGGGAGAUUAUCAAAGACUUUGAACAAACCCCUGGGAACGGCCAUAGAUUCUACAAUGAUGAAUUGACAUUGGAGAAUAUGAAGACAUACAGAGUCACUGUGAGAACCACUGAUGCCCUCAACCGCACCAUGAUUGGUAGAUCUGAUGGGGUGAUGGUCAAGAUUCAGCCUCCCGUUCCUGGGAAUGUUCGAGAUGGCAUUUCGUCUGACAUCAACUACCAGCUACCUACAAAUUACCUUGCAGCAAAUUGGGAUCCGUUUGGAGAAAUAGAUGAUUUGGACCCAUCACAGAAAAUUGAAUACUAUGAAGUGGCUGUAGGGAAUGACAGAAGAUAUAAAGAGAGGAGAUCCAAUAUUCAUUUCUUUGAAAAUGUUAGUCUCAACAGAAGUUAUAUCUUUAAGCAUUUAAAUCUAACCGCAAAAACAGUUACAUAUUACAUCACAGUGAGGGCAUACAGUUCUACUGGACGUUAUGAAGAAUCUUUUUCAAAUGGAAUCCGAGUUGGAUUUGGAACAGACAUCGUGCCGGGAGAUAUCGAAGUUGCUGAGUACCAAUCCAGCACCAGUGAAAUACCAGUAUCCUGGUCUGACUUUAUAUCUGACUUUAACAUUCGGAAAUAUGAAGUUGCUGUUGACACUGAAGAACAUACAGAGUCAAAUACAAGCUUGGAAUGUCAGGCUAUUGUCUUUCAGCCACUUGUGGCAUUUGAGUCUGUCAACAAAGACACAAUCAAAACCAUAAAAGGUCUUCAAUUAAAUCAUUCUGAGGUUUACUUUGUCCUUGUCAAAGCUGAAGAUGAGGCAGGGAUGUGUCUGAUUGCAUCCAGUAAAGCAAUUACAAUUGAUACAACAUCACCUGAACCAGGGCAAGUGAUCAUUGAUGGUGGACGGUCAUCUGGUAUUCUAUAUGCCACUCAACUGCACUCUCUACAUAUAAACAUGACAGGAUUUACAGAUGAAGAAAGUUCCAUAGAUUACUACACAGUAGCAUUCUUAGGAGGCUUUUUCUGCACUGAUUCAACGUCCUUAUCCCCCAAAGACAAAGACGUUUUACGUUCUGUCACUGUUUCAACGUCCGAUGCCCACUUCAACGAUCUCAUGUUAGACACAACCAGGCCAUACUAUAUACAGGUUACAGCAGCUAAUAAGGCAGGUUUGAAGACAACUGUGACAAGCAAACCUAUUUUAGCAGAUUACAACCCUCCAGUUGCUGGAAACAUACAAAUUGGGUCAGAUUGGAGGUACAGUUCAAGGUCCUGGGGCGAUACGAAUCUGUUACAGGGCACAAUGCUCAUCAAUACCAACAUACACGAUUCAACAUGUCAAACUGAAAGAGAAGUACUGAAGAAUGACUAUAAAAAGGAAAUAAUGAUUUUGGAUGAUGUUUUCCAAUCCCAAGCUGUUGACAUUUUAGACAAUAACCAUGUCAAGAUAUAUGCACGACUUGACCCCUCGCUGCAAAUGUUUGAGAAAGGAGGAGUCAAAACAAACCCAAUGCUGCUGAUUGAAGGUAACUAUUCAUUUUCUCUUCAGGCUACAGCACGACACAACGUUUCAUCUAUUAUAGGUCUGGUUCAAGAAAGUCUUCCAAGUCCUGAUGAUAUCUUAAAGGCUUAUGCAAAGAUAUUUAUAGAUAAAUGCAAUGGCAGUGCAUGUUCUAAUGGCAACAGGACUGUAUUAACUGAUGAAGAGAGUUGGAACCUUGGCGUUCUCUUGACUAUGAAUAACAUCUCAGAACCCCUCAUUCUGUUCUGGGCCAAGGAUAAAUCCAGAAUCAAAGUUUACAAUGUCCAUGGAGACUUUGACCCAAGUUUCCCACUGAACGACUUUUCCUUUCAAACAAUAAAUGACUCAACACCAUCAACAGAUUCGUGGAAUGUAAAUCUAUUCAUCAACGGUCAGUUGAAGGGACAGCAUUCUGGACUGGACAUCCAAGGAUACGUUGUCACCACAGUGUUCUCCUGGAACAAUAAUGGAUAUAUUCCACAAGUUGAUGAUCCAUUUGACCCAUUCUCAACUAACCUUCUCCUAUCAUCAGUGAGACUACCGCUCCCGCAAAUACAUCCAUGUCGGUAUGGAAGGGCAUUUUAUGAUUCACAGAGUGGUAUAAAGGAUAUUUUUAUUGGUCUAUCAGAUUCUCAGAACACAACUGCAAAUAUAGUACCUUAUAAAAAAGAAAUGUCAUUUUGUGUUCCUUGCAAGGAUCUUUGCAAAGAAAGUUGUGGCUUUGAAGGUUCCUGUUCCCAGAGUACAGACCAACAGGGAUUAUCAAUCAGGCAUUUUGAACUCAGCAACUUGACACUGACUCCGUCUCGGAUGACUGAUCGUAUUAACUACACUGAUACCCAAGUAAGUGCCUACUAUUUUGAUGUGAAAGUAACUGAUCAUGCUGGUUAUGAAAAACAAAUCAAGUCUGAGGCAAUCAUCAUUGACACAACACCUCCAGUGGUGACUGAUGUCACUUGCUUUGAUCCGGACUACUCGCUGUAUGAACCUGCACUGUACAUUGGAAAUGAUCAUGCUGUUAGUGCUAAGUGGGAGAUAUCCGAGGAUUUUAGUGACAUCAACGCAGUCGUUGUUGGAAUUGGAACAAAAUGUGGACUACAUGAUAUUGUUCAAAUGCCCCUUCAAAACAGAUUGAAGAAUGUAACAUUGAGUUCAACAAACGAAAGUCUUCAACAGGAUCAAAAGUAUUUUGUUGGCGUUACCGUGGUUAAUUCUGCUGGUCUCAACCACACUGCAUGCUGUCCAUUUAUCGUUGACAUUAAAUCUCCCACAGUUUCCUCUACUGAACCAGUGCCACUGUUUGUCUCAGCAGAAGAUGUAGCCGGACUGAACGUUUCAGUUAUCGAGUACAAUGACCGGGUUGGAAUCAAGUGGGAUGAUCCUCAUAGUGAUGUUGAUUAUUUUGGUAAGACAAAACCUGAUUUAUUGUUCCUUCUUUUUUAUUGGGGCCAACUGGACAGGUGUUCUGAGAUGUCGUCAGUUUAUCUAUUUCUUUGCUGGGAUCCACCUGUCACUGGUUUGAAUCCAAACGUGUCCUGUCCAUGCAGGUAG